AUGGACGAAGCCCAGCCCAAGCCCGUCAAGGGCGACCACAGCGUCGAGGAGCAGGACCUGGCCGCCAUGGGCCACGUCCAGGCUCUGUCGCGCAAAUUCAGCCUCUGGAGCAUGCUCGCCUUGGCCUUCUGCGUGCUUGGCACCUACUCUACCUUUGCUCAAGGCCUCAGCAGCGGCCUCACAAAUGGCGGUUCCAUCACCAUCUUAUGGGGUCUUGUUCUUGUGACCGUCUGCAACCUCUGCGUCGCUGUCUCGCUCGGCGAACUCACCAGCAGUAUGCCGACUGCGCUUGGGCAGGCAUAUUGGGUGUGCCGGCUGUGGGACACACCAUGCGGCCGCUUUCUGUCGUACAUGACGGCAUGGAUCAACACCUUUGGCUGGUGGACCUUGACGGCGUCGCAAGUCGCUUUCAUGACAGAAUUCUUGCUGGGCAUGAAGACCAUGUUUGAUCCGGACUGGGAUGGCGCAGACAAGGGAUGGCUUCAAUUUGUCGUCUAUAUAGCCGUCGUCUUCGUCCUGACGCUGACCAACGUUGUCAGCUGCCGGUCCGAGAAGGUCCUCCCUUGGCUCAACAACUUCGUCGGAAUCUGGUUCACAGCUUUAUUCGUGGUUCUCUCUCUCGCACUUCUCAUCUCCGUCGGUGUCAAGUCAGAGCUAACCUUCCAACCCGCCUCUUUCGCUUUCGGACAAUGGAUGAACCGCACCGGCUGGUCCGACGGCGUCGUCUGGUUUACCGGCCUUGUGCAAGCCGCGUACGGCCUCACGGCCUUCGACGCAGUAAUCCACAUGGUCGAGGAGAUGCCAUCGCCGCGUCGCAACGCCCCGCGCGUUAUCUGGCUCGCCGUCUUAUUAGGCGCCAUUACCGGCUUCAUCUUCAUGCUCAUCUGCCUGUUCUGCAUCCAAGACAUCAACACCGUCGUCGACGCGAACCUGCCCUUUAUCGAACUCAUGCAGGAGACUGUUGGACUCCAGGGCGCUGCUGUCUUGCUUGCGCUAUUCAUCUUCAACGGCCUGGGCCAGGGUAUCAGUAUCCUUACCACAGCCUCACGGCUUACCUGGGGAUUUGCCAGAGACGGUGGACUCCCGUUUAGCCCGUACUUCGCACACAUCGACCCAACCUGGAAAGCGCCCGUCCGCGCUCUCUGGAUGCAAGGGUUCCUCAUUGCGCUGGUGGGAAUCCUCUACCUCUUCGCCAGCACUGUCCUCGACGCCAUCUUAAGCGUCAGCACAAUCGCCCUGACAAUUUCCUACGGUAUCCCGAUCGCUGCGCUCCUCUACGUCGGCCGAGACACGCUUCCGCCUGGCCCAUUCAGACUAGGUCGCUGGGGCACUCCGGUUAACUGGGUCAGCAUCGUGUACUGUGCUGUGACGACAGUCUUCUUCUUCUUCCCUGGGAGCCCGGACCCCGAACCCGCGGAUAUGAACUACGCCAUUGCGGUUUUCGGCGUCAUGUUGGUUGUUUCGAUUGGGUUCUGGUGGGUGCAGGGAAAGAGCAUGUAUUUGAGGACGGAGGAUGCGAUGGCGCAGAUGAUUUUCGCGAGGAGGUUGGAGGCUGAGGGGGAGGUUGGCCAUGCGGGGAGGGAGAAGGAGUCGUGA